UCUCCUGCCAUGGCUGUGGCAGCCGUGGUGAAGUUACUGGUGGUGGUGAGGGUCGUGGUGAUGAUGGCUGCCAUGACAAUGACCGUGCACAGCAUGAAACCAGCAGCAGCGACAAGUCCUGUGCCACCGCUGACAUCACAAGACUAUCAGCUGUGUUCGGAUGUGCACGGGACACUAGACAGCAUGGCGCGGGUGCUGAACGUACUGAAGGCUCAUGGCAAGGACUCGCCGCUCUUCAAGCGCAUACACAAUGUAGGCCGUAGCAAUACGGGAACACCUCAAAAUGAAACGGCACACGAGGAGCCAGGCGCGUUGCCCUUCCCAUUUUUGGACCUGUCACCGAUUCAUCGCAUGAUGACUGCGUUUGGGUGUGAGGACGAUGAUCACGACAGGAAGGACAAGGAGCGCGCUCACGACACAACUCACGACCUAACUCACGAGCAUGUAACGCACCGUUCCAACGCACCGCCCACUCCAUCCUCGCUGUCGUCUUCCACACACGCAACGGCCACGCAACCCUCCUUGCAACACGCACGGCAGCACCACAGGCGCGUGCGGCGGAAGGUGUCUGCUCCAGUUGUGCAGGCUGGACAGUGCACGCUGACAAGUGUGGUCAACGGAACAUGUCCUGGUGCAGCCACCAACGGACAGCUUACCAUCACCUUGAGUGUCGACGAUCAUGUGGAUGACGGCACUGAUGCAAGCGGGCUACAAGCUAUUUCGGGCUCCGUGAUCCAGUUGAAUGUGAACGGGCACCUUGCCGAAGCGACUUUGCAAUGGAUGUUCAACCGUGGCAAUUGGACCGCGGACAGCAACAAGGUCCUCUUGGAUGGCGUACAGUUUGCCACGUUUCGAUUGAGCGUGCUCAACCCAAUGACCGGCAUCAACACCAUCUGGAUACGCAACAGCGCGCUGCUGCGCGAGGUGGACACAAGCGGCUUCCAAAACGCACGUGGUGUUUCGCAAUUUCACGUCACCGGCUGCUCGCUGGCGACCAUCCCGGAUCUUUCAGGCUUGACUUCGCUGAGAGUGCUAAACUUGCGCCAAAACCGUAUUCGUCGCAUUGCCAAGGACAAUUUCAAUGGGAUGACCAUGCUGCAACAACUGGGCUUAAGUCACAACCUCGUUUCUGAGCUUGAGCCAGGAGGACUCGAUAACCUUGCCCAGUUGCAGUGGCUGAUCCUGUUCUCAAACGACAUCAGCGCCAUUCCUUCUGGCCUGUUCCAUCCACUCGCCAACCUGACGCGCUUGGAGAUGCACCAGAACCCAAUCGCAAAGCUUGAUGCGGACACCUUCAUUUCACUGAGCAGGCUGGAUCACCUCACCCUCGAGAGCAUGCUCCUCACCAGCUUGCCACCAACGCUGUUUCGAAACACCACCCGUCUCACGGUGCUUGGACUGGCAAACAACUUCAUCACGUCCCUCCCCGAGAACAUUUUUGCCAGUCUCUCAUCCUUGCAGCAUCUCCAGAUCUUUGACAAUGCGUUGACGUCACUGUCUCCAGGCGUGUUCAAAGGCCUGUCAGCACUGAGGCAGCUGAACAUCGGGGCCAAUGACCUGACAGCCUUGCCUGCGGACCUCCUUCGGUUCAACCGACGUCUCACCCAGUUCUCCUGCACUGACACCAAAAUCAUCUCCCUUCCACGCACCCUCUUUACACGAAACUUGGCACUGUUGCAAGUGUCCUUUGCCAACAAUCGCCUUCGCUCGAUCGAUAACGUCCUACAAGCAUCACGGCCGGCUUUCCUGAGCUUCCUGAACCUUGACGGCAACGACUUGACUCAACUGCACCUCCCCAGAACAUUCCAUCGCCUUCGCCGACUCGACCUGAGCCACAACCCCUUGCGGGAGCUGCCAGAUGCAGCCCUCACACCUGCUCUGCGCACCCUCCGUCUGCAAGACCACGUAAUCGAACACAUAGACCUGGCGCCACUCCUUCGUCUGGCCAAUCUCAACGUCCUUGAACUUGACGCUUCCCGGCAAGCAGAAUCCAGAGCAGUGGUGUCAGACAUCACCAACAUCACCAGCAUCUCACGCCUAUCAACGCUCAGUUUGGAGAAUGUGGACAUCAGCGCCGUGGUUCCAUCAAUUGACGACCUUCCACCGUUGAGUCUCGACACGCUUCACCUGGGCUGGCCAGGCGCCAGCAGCAACACGGUGCCGAUGAGCGCAUUGUGUAAACUGCUCGCAACUGACGUGCGUGAGCUUCGUAUCGCCAACACGGACUACAGAGCCAUCCAAGUAUGUCCUGACAAGACAUUCGGCUCACUGCUCCUAAGCGACAACAAGCACCUGCGAUCCAUCACCGUCCACAAUCCACUGCGUGAGUUGAACGUCUCCGGGUGCACCCAACUCACGUCCAUUAACGCGCCACCAAUCGACAUCCUUGACAUCAGCAACACCAACGUCCCACCAUCGGGGGCGCUGUGCACGCGAUGGGGCACACGCAUUCUCUUCGCCCGCAACUUGGUCGGGGCCAUUGAAGUGCGCCAGGCAGCUGCAACGCUACGCAACUGCCUCGAGCGAGCAGACGUGCUGGACUUUGCGGGGAACGCGUGGCUGAGCCACCUGGCAGAGGUCAAUCGCAUCACUGCCAGAACAAUUGUCUUGUCGGAUGACGCCUUCGUGACUGCUGACACCACUGCCAUUUCAAACCGCCCCAUUCCUCCCAUCCUUCAGCUGACUGAUGCGCCCAUUGAAUGUGCGCUUCAGCUGUCAAACAUGGACGUGCGCCCGCUGGGCAGCUCAAACCUGAUCGCGCCCCAGGUUGUGUUCUCCUUCCACUGCACAUGCGCUCGUGGUUUCAAGCUGGCGUCAGGUGGGCGGUGUGUGGUGGACACCCCAGAUAUUGCCGGCAUUGCUGCUGGCUCGGUCAUUGGCGGCCUGUUCUUUGGCCUGUUUGUGGCGUGGUUGUCACGCCGCUACCGUGGCAUGACGAAACGCAUCGGCCUGCAGGAGCAGCUGUUGGUGGAGAUGGAUGAAGAAGUAAUGGCGCUAAAGAAGGCGUGGGAGAUUGAGUACGAUGAGCUGAGGAUGAUUAAGCGUGUGGCUGCGGGUGCGUUUGGCGUGGUGUUCAAGGCAGAGUGGGACACAGUGAUGGUGGCAGUCAAAGUGCUGCAACAAGCCGUCAUGGCGUUUGACGAGAGCACGGUGCUUGAGUUUGAGAAGGAGGUUGAGUUCUUGCAGCGUACACGGCAUCCACACGUGGUGCGGUUCUUUGGGGCGGGCACCGAUCCCAAUGGCAGCCCGUUCCUGGUGCUGGAAUUUGUGACGAUGGGGUCCCUCAAGGACCUGCUGGGGAAAGAUAUGGAGGGGGUGUUGAUGGAGGUGAGGAAUAAGAAGAUCGAGGAAAGCAGCAGUGGUGGUGUUAGCGAUGAUGUGAACAGUGUGUGGGACUUGAAGCUGCGCUUGCUGCGUGAUGUUGCGAGUGGCAUGGCUUUUAUCCACAGUCUGGACCAGAUGCACCGAGACCUGAAGAGCGGAAACGUGCUGGUGUCAUCGUCGCUUCGCGCCAAGAUUACGGAUUUCGGGUCCAUUCGCCAGUGCUUUACACGUGGUGGAGGUGGCAGAGCCCACGGCAGCAGCCAUACCCGCCUGUCAUCCACCCAUGAUGUUGAUGAUCCCCAAUACAGCCAGCAGGCUGGACUGCAGACAAUGACGAGCAUGACGCUAACGGCUGGUGUGGGGACGCCGCUGUACAUGGCACCAGAGGCAUUGACGGGUGACAAGUACAGCUUUGAAGCCGACAUCUUCAGCUUUGGCGUGCUCAUGUGGGAGGUGGCGACACAGCGUGUGCCAGACCUCAUUGAGCAGGAGAAGGGGGGCGGGUAUCGUGGGCCGAUCCUCGCCACCAUCAGCAAUCUUUUGGAGGAUGGGAAGCGGUUGCGAUUUGAUGAUCGCGAAGAAGAUGCCAUCCCCGAGUGGUUCCAGUCACUGACGUUCAAGUGUAUGGCGCAGAGCCCUCGUGAGCGACCAUCGUUCGGAGAACUCAAAGACCACCAUCUUGCUUAGUUGCGCAUGUGUGUGUGUACAUGUGCAUGUGUGUGUAUGUGUGUGUAUGUCCUGUGAUGCACAGUCCUUCCUUCGAUCUUGCUCCCUGUUAUUCUGCUCUAUGCUGGUGUCAACACCUACG